CCACAUCCAAAAGAAAUGAAAACAAAUGAAUCAUUUUCGAUUGAUCCGAAAAAUUUUACAAUAAAAUCAAAAGUUAAUGGUGAUUGUCCAGUUCUUGAUCGAGCAAUCAAACGUUAUUUAGAUAGAAUGUUCAUAGUGGAUUGUUCACGUGUAAAUGAACAUUUUCGUGGUAGAUAUUUUUCGAAUAAGACGGAAAAUUUUAACAAAAUUCAUGGUUAUGAUGGACAAAUGACAAUGGUACUGAUACAGGUUCAUGAUAAAUGUGAAACAAUACCAAAUACCGAUAUGAAUGAAGCUUAUACAAUUAAAAUCGAUAAAGAUCAUUCAAUAAUCGAUAGUAAAUCCGUUUGGGGUGCAUUACGUGGUCUAGAAACAUUAAGCCAAAUGAUUACACGUGCUGGCAAAAAUCAAUUUCGCAUUAAUAUUGGCCAAAUCAAUGAUGAGCCUCGUUUUACAUUUCGUGGUUUUAUGUUGGACAGUUCACGUCAUUAUCUUCCUCUUCACGCUAUUUAUGAAACAUUAGAUGCAAUGGAAAUGAACAAAUUCAAUGUUUUCCAUUGGCAUCUUGUCGAUGAUCAAUCAUUUCCAUUCGUUUCGACUACAUUCCCGGCAUUAAGUGAAAAAGGAGCAUAUAGAUCGAAUUUCAUUUAUACACCUGAAGAUGUACAAAAAGUAUCACAUUAUGCUAAUGAUCGUGGAAUACGUGUCAUACCAGAAUUUGAUACACCUGGCCAUACACAAUCCUGGGGAAAAGGUCAACCAAAUCUGUUGACACAAUGUUAUGAUGCAAAAGGAAAACCAAAACCCAAUGUUUAUGGACCGAUAAAUCCUGUAUUAAAUACAACCUAUGAAUUUAUACAGAAACUUUUCCAUGAAAUAGCCCAACGUUUUCCCGAUCAAUACAUCCAUUUAGGUGGUGAUGAAGUGGAAUUUGGUUGCUGGAAAUCAAAUCCAAUUCUACAAGAAUUCAUGAAAACCAAUCAUUUUGGUGAUGAUUAUGCUAAACUGGAAAGUUAUUAUAUAACCAAAUUGAUCGAUAUUGUACAGAAUCUGAAUCGAAGUUAUAUUGUAUGGCAAGAAGUAUUCGAUAACAAAGUGAAUAUUCGUCCGGAAACGGUUGUUAACGUAUGGAAAGGUAAUGGAUGGCCAACGGAGAUGAAAAAUGUAGCAAAAGCUGGUCACCAUGUAUUAUUAUCAGCUUGUUGGUAUUUAAAUUAUAUUGGCUAUGGAACCGAUUGGUAUAAAUAUUAUCAAUGUGAUCCACAAAAUUUCAAUGGCACACAACAGGAAAAGAAUCUUGUGAUUGGUGGUGAGGCAUGUAUGUGGGGAGAAUUUGUUGAUGCAUCCAAUCUUAUAAGUCGAACCUGGCCAAGAGCGUGUGCUGUUGCCGAACGUCUUUGGAGUCCAGAAUCGUUCAAAGAUUAUAAAAAUGCUAAACCACGUUUCCAUGAACAACGUUGUCGUAUGCAAGUAUUAGGAUUGAAAGUUGAACCAAUUGAAGGACCAGAUUUUUGCUAUUGUGAUGAUGCGAUCUGAUGUUGAAAUUUCAAAACAAUUAUUAACUGAUUAUUGAUUUACCAUUUACUAUGGGUUUUAAUAGUCCACCAUUUAAAAACAUUAAUGAAUGAGAUUUGAUUUAAAUAAAGAAAUUGAACUUUGUAUAAUAAUUUUUGACGAUAAUAAGUGAACAAAUCAAAUUAGUUUGGAAUAUAUGAGAAUUUGGACGUUCUAUUUGAACAAGAUCAUCAAAUCACUGGCGCAGCGCCCUCUAUCAUCAUCAUCAUAUAUUAUUAAUAAAGUUCUUAAUUGUAUAUAAUAUAA